AUUUAGACGCGUUUCGAAGCAGUAAUUCAAUGCUGCAGUGUAAAUGCUUCGUCUAAAUUACUAGUGCAAAGUGCGCGCCUUGCUGCAGCCUAUAUCUGACGACUUUGUUCGCAGUAGUAAAAAAAAUAUGCUCUGAGCGGAGACCAAAAGUUUACCAUAAUUUUUCGAGCAAAUAAGCAAAAGCUUAACACCAGCAUAAAGUGUAGUGUGUGUGCCAGCAAAAGUAAAAAUAACGCGAAAAAAUCAAUGAUUUCUAGCGUGAACACAUAAAAUCGUGUUGAGGCAGACGUACGAUGCCAAAAGACCUUGACGUGAACGCUGCUGCAACUGCUGCUGUUGUUGUUUAGUCUAUUUCCAUCUUAGCCCCCACCUGGACUGCCUGCCUAAAAGGAUCGAACGCACUUACGGACAUACGAACAGACAGGUGUUGUUGUUGUCAUAAGCGUUGACGGCUCGGCCAGUUGGAGAAUUUAGUGUCGCAGAUAUCUUCAUUUGGGCAAAUAGUAUUCACACACACAUUCCCACAACCGCAAGCCUAAUCAGUUUGGUGUUGGUGUUGCCAAAGAUAACAGCCAUCGCCCAGCGCUCGCUGAAGAAAGCAGUUGCGCCGCCGCAUAAAUGAGCAGAACGAGCACCAUGAGGUCACAGGAUGGUCCACAGUCAGUGGGAAUGCAGCGUCCCAAAUUGAACGCUGGCAGCUCGCAACUGUUGCAGGAGGAGAACGAAGCUGUUUUCAAGCUUUUAGGAAAAAAGUGUCAGACACUAAGCACUGCCGUGGUGCAGAUCUUCAAGACCGAAGGCUCAGCACAUUCGCACUGGAAGAAGAAACAUACGGGCGUUAUUUGUUUUGUGAAGGACAGCGCCUUACGUUCGUAUUUCCUGCGAGCUUAUUGCCUUAUCAAGAGCGAGCUGAUUUGGGAACACGAAGUCUACGAUGACAUGCAAAUUGUUAAAUCGCGUCCCUUCCUCCUCACCUUCGAAGGCAGCGAUGGUCACGUCGGCCUCAAUUUUGUAUCUGAGGAUGAGUGCCAUGCGUUCUUUCGCAUUGUCGACAAAACUAUUGAGACGCGGAAUCGAAAACGACUGGAGAAACGAAAUCGUCAGAAGGCUCAGCAAGCCCCGAAUGCGCCAGUGCCACCUGUGCCGCGAGAACCGUUGCGUCCUGCAGCAGCCACAAGCGCUACCGACAGUGGUGUCCAGAUACGCAACAACAAAAUUAACUCUGUAACAUUGACGCCAGCGCCGACGAAAAACUUCAUACCCAGCAGUUUUGGUUUGUCCGCCGCUGCCAAAGAUAAGAAGCGCAAAGUAACCAAAGCGGACAUUAGCCAGCCCAUGAAUUUCGUGCACAUCAGUCAUGUGGGCUGGGACGCCAACAAGGGCUUCGAUCUAACGGGCAACGAAAAUGACGAGAUGCUAAAUCAAUUCUUUGCGAAGGCAGGAGUUUCCGAAAAUCAGCUAAAGGAUCGUGACACGCGUGCAUUCAUCUAUGACUUCAUACAGACCAAUAAUGUGCUGGCUUCCGUUAAGCAGGAGCAGGUGGAAUCUCCCACGGAACCUACACAGCAUAUGCCGCCACCUGUGCCCAGUCGGCAACAUCAUGCACAGAAUGGAAACGCAUCCACCCAAAGAACUGCGCCUCCGCCACCACCACCGGUACGACAACCGCCACCACCCGUGCCCACAACAGUGCCAGGUGCAUCGCGUGCACCGGCGCCACCCAGCAGACCACCACCCAUAACAACAGCACCGCCACCAUCAGCGCCGGUCACCGCUCCAACCGUUGCACCACCUCCACCACCGCCGCCACCUCCUCCCAUGCCUCCUGCGGAAAUACCUACAAUAAAGACGACCCUCGCACCAACUCAAGCAGCCAAAGUAGCAGCGGCGCCCGCACAGCCGGACCCGCGCAACGCUCUUAUGGACGCCAUUCGGAAGGGUACCACGCUAAAGAAAGUGGACCAAUCUGCAGUCAGCACCGGCAGCGGUGACUCUCGCAGUGAGCUGAUGUCUGAAAUACGUUUGGGUAUUGAACUACGACCAGCGGCCAAUCGUGAACUGAGCACUCCCCGCAACAGCGAUGAUGGCGAAAACGGAACUGAUGCCCUGGCUGAUGCAUUGCGCCGGGCUUUAAGAAAACGGGAGGAGGUCAUGCAAUCCUCUGACGAUGAGAGUGAAUCGUCGACCAACGAUGACGAAUGGGAUGAUUAGGGCGCGCCACUUACACAUAUACAUACAUACAUAUGUACAUCGGUGGCAUGUAUAGUUUUGCUGGUCGAGAUGUAUGGAGAAGUAAUUCCAAAUAGGAGCAAUAAUUAAAUGAGUGCUUUGGCAUUUUGAUUUAUCCCACGAUAAAUCUGUAAAUACUGUUUAGUGAAUUAUCUCACCUCGUUAGUUGAAUAACAACAACAACAGUAAACAUCAAUAACAAAUUAUUAAAAACUAAACUAAAACUUGAAA